AUGGGAAUUAAAUACGUGUUAUUAGUAAGUCGUCAAGGAAAAGUACGUCUUGCAAAGUGGUUUAACACUCUUUCACCAAAAGAAAAACAAAAAAUCAUUAAAGAAGUUACACAAAUGGUACUUUCCAGACGUACCAAGAUGUGUAACUUUUUAGAAUAUAAGGAUGAAAAAGUCGUGUAUCGAAGAUAUGCAAGUUUAUUUUUCGUCACGGGCAUUUCUGCCACUGAUAAUGAGCUCAUAACACUUGAGAUUAUUCAUCGUUAUGUUGAAAUUCUAGAUCGGUAUUUUGGAAAUGUAUGUGAAUUAGAUUUGAUUUUUAAUUUUCAAAAGGCAUAUUUUGUUUUGGAUGAAUUGAUAAUUGCUGGAGAAAUGCAAGAAUCCAGCAAAAAAUCUGUAUUAAGGGUUGUCAGCCAACAAGAUACGCUUGAAGAAGGAGAAAAUAGCGAAAAAGGAUGGCCGGAAAAAUAG